AUGGAACAUAAUAAUAAACCUGUUUAUGCUGAGGAGGAUGAAGAUCUUACAGAACGCAUAUUAUAUCAUUUAUCACAUCCUCCUGCUCCUUCUCCUGUUAGAUAUACAUGUAUUAAUCAACACAAACCACCCCACUCCAUCCUAGUCCAUAGCAUAGCCAAGGCAUAUUUCCAAAAUCACGGGACCUGGAUCAGAGGUCCAUAUGCUCUAGAAAUUGGCUGCCACCAUACAAUCAAAUACAUGUUCAGAAGACUUUUUAAACGGGAGAGGGAGGACAAAGUAAAAUUAGUGGAGAUACAGGGGUCGGGGGAAAGUGUGGCAACAAUACUGCAAGACGGGCUGGAAACGACAGUAGAAUUCCUUGAGCACCGGCCAAUGCCCGUACUAGUGACGUUUAUAUUGGGAGACAAGUACGACUCUCCCCCCGCGAAUGAAGUGCGGCGGCGGCUCUCCCCCAACUCGAACAAUGUGCGGCUCCCCCCCGCGGAUGAAGUGCGGCGGCUCUCCCCCAAACUCGAAUAA